AUGCCUAUUAUAUCAGUAAGUUGCAGAGUUUUGGCUUCAGUUUUGGGUAUUGAAAUAACGGAAGAAUGUUUUGGAGAUCUUUGUUUUCAGUAUGGCUUAGAAUUUGAUGGCUUUGAAACAGAUGAAGAGACCAAAGAAACCAUGAUUAGAGUGGAGAUUCCUGCGAAUAGACCUGAUUUACUGUGUACAGAGGGUCUUUCAACAGCUUUAUUAUGUUUUUUGGGUAGGGCAAAAGUUCCUAUAUAUACUUAUAGCAUUGAUAAACCACUAACAGAAACUAUUAUGAAAGUAGGAGUUAAUCUUAAAAAUAUCCGUCCUUUUAUACUAUGUGCAAUUUUGAGGGAUAUAAGAUUUGAUAAGGAUAGUUACAGGAGUUUCAUCGACUAUCAAGAGAAGUUGCAUCAUAAUAUUUGUCGCAAAAGAACCCUUGCAUCAAUAGGAACUCACGAUUUGGGUACAGUACAAGGCCCAUUUUACUAUGAUGCAAAAAAACCUGAAGAGAUUAACUUUAUUCCAUUGAAUAGUGAUGAACAGGUAAAUGGAUAUCAACUUAUUCAAAUGCUUAAGAAGCAUCAACAAUUGAAACGUUAUGUACCACUUGUUGAGGGCGAGGAAUUAUAUCCUGUUGUGUUAGACUCUAGAGGUAUAGUGAUGUCCGUUCCUCCAUUAAUAAAUAGUGAACACAGUAAAAUAACUGUUGAUACUAGAGAUAUAUUUAUUGAAGUAACAGCUAAGGACUACUCUAGAGCAACAACUGUUUUGAAUCAAAUCAUAGCAGCUUUUUCAUCAUACUGUUCUAAUAAAUUUACUGUGGAGCCAGUUUUGAUUGAAUAUGAGCAUGACCAAAGACCUUUUAAAACUUUCGAGUGUAUAGAACUUAAAAAUGACGAAACUAAAUAUGCAAUGCAGACUCCCUGCAUAUCUACUAAAGAAUUUGAAUGUGACUACAAGAAAGCUUGUGAACUCUUAGGAAUUCCAACUAUGAGAUUUCAAGAUGUCACUGAAUUGCUAUCUAGAAUGAUGAUAUCAAGUACUUUACUUAAAUCUACAUUAUUAAAGUGUCAAGUCCCAAUAAAUAGAUCUGAUAUACUACAUGCUGUAGAUAUUUAUGAAGAUAUUGGAAUUGCUUAUGGGUUUAACAAAAUUGUCCCAAAGAAACACUCCUUUAUCUCGCACAACCAUCUAAAUCUAAUGACAGACCAAAUUAAACGUGAACUUUCAUUGUUAGGUUUAGCAGAGGCACUAAACUGGGCAUUAUGUAAAUAUUCAGAUUGUUACGAUUCGCUAAGACGUAUAGAGGACUUGAGUUUAUCAGAUCUAAAAUGUAACGAAGAUGAUUUCUAUAGUCCAUCAUAUCCAUGUGUAAAAAUAAAGGAUGCUAAAACAAGUGAAUUCGAAAUAUGCAGAUGCACACUUAUACAAUCAAUACUAAAAACCAUCGCUUCACAUAAAAGUCAUCAACUACCCUUAAAGAUUUUCGAAGUUGGUGAUGUCGUAACUCUGAACAACACCACUGCAACAGGUGCUAAAAAUAGACGCCAUGUAUGUAUCGCUUAUUCAAACAAUUAUGGAAGUGGAUUAGAAGAAGUUCAUGGAUUUCUUGAUCAACUCAUGUUCCGUUUAGGCCUAGUUGCUAAUUAUUCUCUUGAUGAUCCAAAUAUGAUUAACCCAAAUAUACUUGGAAUAUAUUACCUUGUUGAGAUAAAUGACCCAACUUUCUUAUGUAAUAGGUGUGUCAAUAUUAUUAUUCAAAAAGCUGUCCUCAAUGCAGAUUCUACUUGUCUAGAUGAAGUAACCUUCCAAAAUCCAAAGAUUUGUAUUGGAGUAAUGGGAGUUAUUCACCCUAAAGUGCUUUCUAACUUCCAUCUGACUUUGCCAACUAGUUUGGCUGAAAUUUACAUCGAGCCUAUAAUGAAUUGGUGGCCAGAAACAAAUUUUUAUGAUGAGUAA